AUGACAGAAGAUGUAUCCUUGGGCACCGACAUGGCUCGCUCUGACACACUGAAGAAGAACGGUCAUGAAGAGGUUCAUCUUGAGAAUGUAUCUCCAACGCCACCUGGCCAAGAGCCAAACAGGAGCCUUUGGACAGAUCCUUCUCCCACCAACCCUCAGAACUGGCCUGUCUGGAAGAAAAAUGCCCAUAUCUUGAUGGUGGCGUUUCAUUCAAUGGCCGCAACCUUCAUGGCGGCGGGAAUUAUACCGGCCUACGACAUCAUGGCUGAAAGGUACAACAUAACGGUGCCACAAGCCAGUUAUCUCACCUCCGUUCAAUAUUGGACGUACCGCCUGACUCACAUUCGAUCAUCUGUACAGAUCUUGCUCUUAGGAAUUUGUCCCCUUUUCUGGAGACCGAUUGCCAACACCUACGGACGAUACCAUGUAUUCCUGUUUUCGGUCCUUGGAAGUAUGGUCUGCAAUAUCGGUGGAGCUCGCUGUACUACCUACGGGACACAAAUGGCCACUCGAGUACUCGCCGCAAUCCUCAUCUCUCCCCCUAUUGGAAUAGGCAGUGGUGUGAUCACGGAGCUGUGUGAGCCAGAGAAACGAGCGCAAAAGCUUGGGUGGUGGACACUCAUGUUGACGCUUGGAACUCCAGGUGGGCCAUUUAUUAUGGGUUUUGUUACAAAGCGAAUUGGGUUUGAGUGGAUCUAUUGGAUAUUCGCCAUGAUGAACUUCGGGCAGUUCAUCGCUUACCUGCUCUUGGGUGACGAAACGCUGUACAUUCCGACCGACGGCGAUACUCAUGAUGCAGGCGUGGCUAGAUCUCGCUUCGUCCAGAAGUUCAUCCCUCGCCGGAUCAACCCGCGUCCGCUUAAGCUUCGCGAAUUCAUCGAGCCACUUCUCUUUACGAGGCUUCCUAGGGUGCUGAUUCCUGCAUGCGCUCAUUCUAUAGUGUUCUGUUAUGGAAACAUUGCUUUGAUUGUCGAAAUGCCAAUUGCUUUUGGCGAGAAGUUCGACUUCGAUUCGCAGCAAAUUGGUCUGCAAUUCAUUGCUAUCAUUAUCGGGUGUGUCCUUGGUGAGCAGUUGAGUGGCCCUAUGUCAGACCGGUUUCUGCAAGCCAUGCAUAGAAGAAGAGGAUAUCACCGUCCCGCAGACCGGCUAUGGCUCUCAUACAUUGGCUUUGCGACUGUCAUUGCUGGCCUUUUCGUAUGGGGAUUUCAGCUACAGAAGGCUACCAGCUGGAACGUGACCCCAUGCGUCGGCGCCGCAAUCGCCAGCUUUGGAAACCAAAUCAUCACGACAAUCCUUAUUUCGUUCGCUGUUGACAGCUAUAAGGAAGCGUCGACUAGUGUCGUCGUCUGCAUCAACGUGUUUCGACAUGUGUAUGGUUUUAUCGGUCCAUUUUAUUUCCCUGACAUGUUCGAGACGUUGGGCCUGGGCGGUGCAGCUGGCGUCAUGUGUGCUAUCAUUGGAGUCUGCGCACUGCCCUCGAUCAUUGCCAUACAUUUCGUUGCUACGCGCGCAGAUCAGAAGACGCAAGAUGUUGUUACGGAUUAA